AUGCCAGGCGAAAAUAUCUUCCUGUUCGUGCCAAACCUCAUCGGUUACGCCCGGAUCGUCUUCGCCAUUAUUUCAUUCUACUUCAUGCCCUGCUGCCCCCUCACGGCCUCGUCCUUUUACCUGCUCAGCGGACUUCUGGACGCUUUCGAUGGACACGCGGCUCGAGCCCUUAAUCAAGGGACCCGGUUUGGGGCCAUGCUGGACAUGCUGACGGAUCGCUGCUCCACCAUGUGUCUGCUGGUCAACCUGGCCCUGCUGUACCCUCGAGCCACCCUCCUCUUUCAGCUCAGCAUGAGCCUGGACGUGGCCAGCCACUGGCUGCACCUCCACAGUUCUGUGGUCCGAGGCAGUGAGAGUCACAAAAUGAUCGACCUGUCUGGGAAUCCAGUGCUUCGGAUCUACUAUACCUCCAGGCCUGCUCUGUUCGUCCUCUGUGCUGGAAAUGAGCUUUUCUACUGCCUCCUCUAUCUGUUCCACUUCUCCGAGGGACCACUAGUUGGCUCCGUGGGUCUAUUCCGAAUGGGCCUCUGGGUCACCGCCCCCAUUGCCUUGCUCAAGUCCCUCAUCAGUGUCAUCCACUUGAUCACAGCCGCUCACAACAUCGCUGCCCUGGACGCAGCAGACCGUGCCAAGAUGAAGUGAUCCUGGAACUUCCAGUCCCCCAGCGCCCACCUGCCCUGGGAGUCUCACACUGCCACAUGGCUCCCCUUCCCCUCCUCGGAGGUCCCAGGCUCACUUCUUCCUGACGUGCUGUCCAACCCACUGGGAUGG